AAAAUGUAUACUUUCACACCCUCAGCAGCAAACUUUGGAACCUAUCGUUGUCCCUAUGGGACAGAGGCACACACAGGGGAAGGGUGCCCAGGGCACUCAGUGCCCACAGGCGAGCCCACAUCUGCUUGCAAACUUUGCCCUCCCUCUGGCCAAUAGCUGAAGAAGGGGGUAUGCCCAGGAGUGGCCUCAGCUCUGCUUUGACCAAGAUAAAGGGUGGGGAGAGCAGGCCCCAGACUGGCGGGAGGGCUCAGCCUUGAGAUUAUGCUGGAGACACAACAAGGGGUGGGCAUGCCCUAGGCGGGUCAGAGCAGGGGCUCUCGAGCUCAGAGACCCAAGCCUUGCAUUCCCGGUGCACCUCCGAGCUCCUCUCCCCAUGGACCGCACUGUGGUGCUCAUCACGGGCUGCUCCUCUGGCAUCGGCCUGCACCUGGCUCUGCGUCUGGCAUCCGACCCCUCCCAGAGAUUCAAAGUGUAUGCCACGCUGCGGGACCUGAGGGCGCAGGGCCCGCUGCGGGAGGCGGCCCAGUCCCGAGGGUGCCCUCCUGGCUCCCUGGAGAUGUUGCAGCUGGAUGUGAGGGAUGCAGAUUCCGUGGCCGCUGCCCGGGCACGCGUGACCGAGGGCCGCGUGGACGUGCUGGUGUGUAAUGCGGGCCGGGGCCUGCUCGGGCCGCUGGAGGUGCAGGAGGCUGGCGCCGUCGGGUCUGUGCUGGACGUGAACGUGGCAGGGACGGUGCGGACACUGCAGGCCUUCCUGCCGGACAUGAAGCGCCGCCGCUCGGGACGCGUAUUGGUGACGGGGAGCAUGGGUGGCUUGAUGGGUGCGUGGAAUGGGGCAGGGCCAGCGGGAGGGGUGGGGCCUGGCGACAGUGCCAGGGGCUACAGUGGGCUCCGGGCGCCUCCAAAAGCUUCAUCUCCCCUGGAAGGGCUGCCAUUCAACGCCGUUUACUGCGCCAGCAAGUUUGCGAUCGAAGGUCUAUGCGAGAGUUUGGCGGUUAUGCUGCCGCCCUUCGGGGUCCACGUGAGCCUCAUCGAGUGCGGCCCGGUGCGCACCGCCUUCCAGGAGAAGCUGGAGGGCGGCCCGGGCGGAGCGCUGGACGGCGCGGACGCCGAGACCCGCGACCUCUUCUCCCGCUACCAGCGCCAUUUGGAGCGGAUCUUCCAAGAGGCGGCGCAGGACCCGGAGGAGGUGACCGAGGUCUUCCUCGCCGCGCUGCGCGCCCCGCGCCCCGCGCUGCGCUACUUCAGCACGGAGCGCUUCCUGCCCCUGGUGCGCAUGCGUCUCACCGACCCCAGCGGCCGCAGCUACGUCGCCGCCAUGCACCGUGCGGUGUUCGCCGACGAGCCCGCCGAGGAGUCCGCUGCCGACCUGGGCGGCCCCGCGCUCGGCGCUCCUUCCGCCGCCCCGCAAUAAAGGCUUGGCCCGCCGCUG